AUGUACUUGACGUUGUUUGGAGGAUUUUUUAUCAUAAAUAUUAUAACCGUGUGUUGUGCCCAAAAUACUACUUUACUCAUAUCAUUUUAUGAAUACGGUGUACACGUUGAAGGCGAGGAGGUUUCCUUUGCAAGCAACGGUUAUAUACCCCUGUUCACUCCAAUGUAUACGCUUAAUGUGACACCCGUAAGACCAGAUUUGGAAAAAAGAUUCACGUAUCUGCGGGCGGAGUACGUUAGCCCUAUGUCAACCGUGGAUGUUGUCUACAAUCCAGACGCACACACGAUGGCAUUCUAUAUAAGAUUCCCAUUUCUUAAUAUACCAUAUGGAGUUGUUGGAUAUUCCACUAAGAUUCUUCGAAGCCGUAUUUGGACCUCGUGGAGAAAAUCAAAGGGACACUAAGAAAAUGAUGCAAUCGAAUCGAAGUAAAUUUACAGGACUUGAUGCAGAUAUUGUAUAAA